GGUACCGAAAUCUCCUUCUUCCAAGAGACCAUUAACAAACUAAGAAGUUGAAGCGGCAAAACCCCAAAUCCCGAAUACCCGGGGCCUCAUCCGCCCAAACCGGCUUUAAAAGUCCAACCAGUGUAUCGACGAUACCAAUCCUGUUGGCUUGGUCAAGUUCAUUCCUGGAGAACCCAACGAUCACCUUGAAGCUUGGAACUCGAGAGAAGGCUUACCAGCAUGGCCACCAGCUCAUACACGAAUGGACAGACGUAUCCCAAAUUCGACGUUCUUAUCAUCGGAGGCGGUAUCACAGGCCUGACAGCCGCAAUUGCUUGUAGGAGAAAAGGAUUUGAUGUCACCGUUUUGGAGGCAACGCAAUCUUACACUCAUGUCGGAGCUGGUAUCUUGCUGUCCGGCAAUGCAGCCCACGUUCUCAUAGACAUGGGCAUGGAACAGGAAAUGGAGGAUUGCUCAACACACAUGAGGCGCGUAGUGUUCAAGACAUGGGACGAAGGCAAAACCAUGUCCGCACAGCACUUCCCCGACAGAGCAAGCGCCGCCGAGGGCGGUCCAUUAUGGCAAGUCCACCGGGCUGACGUGCACGGCAUCCUUCUGAAGAAGGCCCAAGAAGUAGGAGUCACGAUCAGAAUGGGUGUUCUGGUCAAGACUUACGAUUGGGACGCCCCUGCUGCGGUGCUUGAGGAUGGAACUGAGAUCCACGCAGAUGUCAUAGUGGCGGCUGAUGGCUACAGAUCUCGUGCGCGAGAGAAUCUACUCGGCAGAAAGGACGAGCCCCGUCACCAUGGCUAUUCAGCCUACCGCGCCCUAAUCCCUGGCAAGAUCCUUGCCCAGCAUCCCGAUCUACGAGAUCUAGUCGACCCUGAGCAGCAGACGAGUCAUUGUUGGGUCGGACAAGGCCGUCACGUCCUCGGGUACCCCAUCCGGGGAGGCCAGGACUACAACAUGGUGUAUAACCAACCGUCAGUCCGUGCCGUUGGCUCCAAAUAUGUGGUCAGCGUAGAUCCGGCCGACGUCCUGGAGGAAUACAAAGAUUGGGAUCCACGCUUGGUGGCUUUAACGAAGCACUUGCCCAAAGACGGCGUUUUGGAAUGGCGCCUCUGUGACCUCCACCCUCUGGAAAACUGGAUCUUCCCCGGCGGCAAGAUCGUCUUGAUAGGCGAUGCAUCGCAUGCCAUGCUUCCUUCGGCAGCACAGGGUGCGGCCAUGGGGAUCGAAGACGGCGCGGCCAUCGCCGAGCUGCUCGCCAGGGCUGACUCGAAAGCCGACUUGCCUCGGAUCUUGAGGACUUUCCAGAAUCUCAGGAGAGACCGGUGUAUCGACGUGGUUGAAAACGGUAGCAGGGAUGCCCGUAGUUGGCACGACAAAGACGAUCCUAAGUACAAGCCCACAAGUAAUUGGGUAUGGGUGUAUGAUAUCAAAACUGCCGCCAGGGAGAUUCCCUUGGCAGCUUAGGCAUGAAGACGUUUGUCGCCUUUCGAAA